ACGUAUGGAGAAAAAGAAACUCAGCCAAAAGCAGUAAUCAGACCUGAAAAAUCAGUCAAAUCCACUAGCUUAGCUAACCUCAUCGGACGGGACACUUUUCAACUAGUACGGAAGGGUUUGCCGAAAGGGCGUGAAUUGUUUAAGAGUUUAAAUUUGUCCGAUUGCACUAGUAAAAAUCGAUCACGAGUGUCCAUUAUCAUUAUCACCGAAUCAGUCAAAUAGACACUAGUGGUAAGACAUAAACUUUCAUUCAGUCGUUUAACAAUAAGGAACCGAAACCGAAAUAGAGUCAGAAUCAGAAAUAGAAAUAGAAACAGACACCAUAAGUCAUACAGUAUCAUAAUCUCCAACAAAAUCUAUAUGUCAUGUUACCAUUAAAAGUAUUAAUCUUAGUACUAGGAUACUUACAAACCAUGGUAAUGGGUUAUAAUAUCCCCACUCGAGACUACGAUAAUAAAAAUUAUUUCCUUGUAGAAUUAAAUACGACAAUUAGUCAAAAACCAUUAAUGGAUUUUAUUCAACAAUAUCGAGAAUCUUAUAAAUUUGAACAUCAAGUAUAUGGAUUUGAUAAUCAUUAUGUUUUUAGUAUACCAAAAUCUCAUCCUCAUAAUGAAUUUAUGGGGAAUUUUAAAAUUGAUCCAACAUCAUUAACUGAACAUAAUCCUAAAUUUAUGAAGAGAGGUAUUGGAUUUGAAAAUACUUAUGAUGAUUUUAAUAAUAAUCAAGAUUUAAAAUCAAUUUAUAUGUUACCACCAAAAAGAUUAACUAAAAGAUUACCAAUUCAAAUUAUUGAGGAAGAAGAAUAUAAAUCUAAACGAUUAGAUAUUGUAGAUUCAUCUCAAGAACCUAUUAAAGUAGUUAGUGAAAAACUUGGAAUUAAUGAUCCAGGAUUUAUUGAACAAUGGCAUUUAGUUAAUACUCUUUAUCCUGGUCAUGAUGUUAAUGUAACAGAUUUAUGGUAUGAAGGUAUAACUGGUAAAGGUAUAGUUUCUGCUAUAGUAGAUGAUGGUUUAGAUGCUGAUUCAGAUGAUUUACGAGAUAAUUUUAAUGCCAAGGGUUCAUGGGAUUUUAAUGAUAAUACUAAUAUACCAUUACCUCGAUUAUUUGAUGAUUAUCAUGGUACAAGAUGUGCAGGAGAAAUUGCUGCCGUUAAAAAUGAUGUAUGUGGAAUUGGAGUUGCUUAUGAUAGUCAAGUUAGUGGUAUUAGAAUUUUAUCAGGACCUAUAACUUCAGAUGAAGAAGCUGCUGCUAUGAUUUAUGGACUCGAUGUUAAUGAUAUAUAUUCAUGUUCUUGGGGUCCAACUGAUGAUGGUAGAACAUUAUCAGCUCCUGAACCUAUUGUUAAAAAGGCUAUGAUUCAAGGUAUUCAACAAGGUCGUGCUAAUAAAGGUUCAGUUUAUGUAUUUGCUUCUGGUAAUGGAGGUAGAUCAGGAGAUUCAUGUAAUUUUGAUGGAUAUACUAAUUCAAUUUAUUCAAUUACCGUUGGAGCUAUAGAUUUUAAAGGUUUACAUCCAUCUUAUGCUGAAGCAUGUUCAGCAGUCAUGGUUGUAACUUAUUCAUCAGGUUCAGGGGAACAUAUACAUACUACUGAUAUAAAAAAGAAAUGUACUGGUCAACAUGGUGGUACAUCUGCUGCUGCUCCAUUAGCAGCUGGAGUUUAUUCAUUGAUUCUUCUGGCUAAUCCAACUUUAACUUGGAGAGAUGUACAAUAUAUUAGUGUACUUAGUGCUGAUCCUAUUAAUGAAAAUGAUGGAAAUUAUCAAAUUACUGCAUUAAAUAGAAAGUAUAGUCAUAAGUAUGGUUAUGGACGUAUGGAUGCAUAUUCUAUGGCUCAUUUUGCUCAAGAUUGGAAAAAUGUUAAACCUCAAGCUUGGUAUUAUAGUGAUGUUCAAAAUGUUCAUGAAUCAAUUACUAUUGGUCCUGAAGAAUCAGUAAAGAAUCAAAUUAUAAAGAAAAGUAUAAUUGUUACUGAAGAUGAUUUAAAAAUCAUUAAUCUUGAACGAGUUGAACAUGUAACAGUUACUGUUAAUAUUGGUUCAUCAUUCAGAGGUAGAGUUGGAGUUCGAUUAAUAUCUCCAACUGGAAUUAUUAGUGAUUUAGCUACUUUUAGACCUAAAGAUUCAACUGGAGUUGGAUUUAAAAAUUGGACAUUUAUGUCUGUAGCUCAUUGGGGAGAAUCUGGUUUAGGUGAAUGGAUUCUUGAAGUAUUUGGUGAUGAAUCUAAAGCUGGUGGAGCUGAAAUUCUAUUUGAAGAUUGGCAAUUAAGAUUCUUUGGUGAAUCUAUUGAUGCUAGUAAGGCUGAAACAUAUGAUUUAGAUAAAGAUUAUGCAGCAAUUAGAAGAGAAUUACAAGCUUCUACGCAACCACAACCAACAUCUACUCCAAUUCCAGAAACUAGUGUUGCCACUACUACAACUAGUACUUCAGAAAAUAAUGAUCAAGUGACUACCAGUGCAGCUAAAGAUUCUACUACUAGUUCUAGUUCCUUAGUAGAAUCGGCUGAAUCCAGUGAAGUAGUUACUCCUGUUGAUGAUGAAGAAUCUCCUAUUGAAGAAACAGAUGGACCAGAAGAAGGUAAGACUCCAUAUUCAACUGGGGAUCAUACAGGACAAUAUUUCAUGGCAAUAGCCGUUGUAGGUUUCAUUGUAGUAUUGGUAAUUAUGAGAUUUCACAAGACACCAGGUAGUGGUAGAAGAAGAAGAAGAAGAGAAGAGUAUGAGUUUGAUAUCAUUCCCGGUGAAGACUAUUCCGAUAGUGAUGCAUUAGAUGAUGACUUCUUUGAAGGUGAUGAUGAUGAUGCAAUAGAGUAUGGAUUCAGGCCGUCAGAUACUUUACCUGAUUAUGAUGAAUCUGAAGGUAAUAAUCAAAAGAAGAGUGUUGGUACUGAUAAUACUUCCAACACCAAUACCAAUACUAAUAGUGAAGAUAUUUUUGCUAUAGGAGGUGAAGAUGAAGAUGAAAAUAUUACUGAAUCAACAGGGUUAGUCAAAGAAAAGAGCAGUGAAAAGAAGGUUACAUUUGACGAUACUAAUGACAACAAUAAUGAAGGUGAGGAUGAUAGAUUACUUUCAUCCGAAGGUACAUCCAACUCAGAUUAGUCGGCCGUAUAUAGAAUUAUUUACAGAGAUAAUUACUUCUACAAUAGACAACGUGUACUUUACUUUUAUGUUAUUUUUAUUUUAACUUUAUCUUAAUUUUAUUUUGCAGCCGUUCGUCCAUUGCGCUAAUAUAAUCAAUGAGUCUCCAUAAAUGGUGGGGUAGAUACACAAGUAACUCUAUGACUCGCUAAUUAUAUUUAUUUUACUCGCAUAACCGGAACUAAUGACUACUGCUGGAGUCGUAGCCGUUCCUUUAAUCCUGAGCUUAA